CUCAGUGUGCUGUUGGCAUUGAGCAUUGCCCCUGCUCCAAUGGAGCUCGAGAUCUAUCGUUUUCAGCCCAUCCCACCUUCACUGCUCUCGUUCGCUCCCCUUCUACCCCAGACUCCUCGUCGCCCCGGCUGUGCAUCGGCAGCAGAGAGCCGCCCACAUGAUGAGGAUGCAUCCCGACAUGCAGAUCCUCUGCAGCUGUCCUUGACCGACGGCCGGCUGUCGUUCGUUCCAGCGCGGCAUGUGCCCACCCCACCACGGCAACGCCGGACAGUGUGGAUAUCGCGGCUGCAGGGCAAGAAGUACACCAAGAGCAACCUGCCGUCCAAGAUCUGCGUCGUGUGCGAGCGGCCCUUCGAGUGGCGGAAGAAGUGGGAACGGUGCUGGGACGAGGUAGGUGAGGGGAGGCAAGCAGCACACGAGGGAGAGGAGGUCCCAUGGAUGGAUGCACUCAACUUGUCGUGUGGUUGUGUGUGUGUCGCGUGUUGUUGUGUGCAGGUCAAGUACUGCUCUGAGCGCUGUCGCCGCGUGGCCAAACGGAGGGGGGCCAAGGCAGCCGAAGAUGGCAAAUGACUGACGAGUGUGGAAGCGGUAGAUGGGCUGUGCGGAUGCAUGGAUGUGUCCUCGCAGUGCUGUCGGCCGGCCCACUUUUAUUGUGAUGUGUUGCAUGCCUUUGUUGCUUUCUUCUUCAUCUUUUGUCCGGUGCCGUCACACCCUCAGGUGCAGCCAGCUGCAGCGGGCUGCAGUUGUCGGUGUGGGUGGGCUGGUCGAAGGAUAAGAAGAAACGCAGCAGCACGCACGACGUGACAGACAAAGGAUGGUGUGUGUCGAUAGAGUCGUAUGCUGUGUUUGCCUGGGGGAGCAGAACCUGGUGACGUCUCAGGCUGUUGUCGGUGGGUGCAAUCUCGGCACGGAGGGUGUUCUUCCUGUAGUGGGCGCUGCGGACGAUAGCUUGUCGUGUUGGACAAUCGCACGGCAGGGUAACGUCAGCGGUGUCCUCUGGGGAAGGACACACACGUGAUAGAGAUCUCGAAGAGACUCAAAUGGAUAGAUACAUCGAUGGAAGCAACUGCCACCUGCUUCUGUCGUCUCGUGCAACUUGACGGUCGGCCUGUGCCGAAGUGCAUCAUGAUGUGCUCAACACUUC